AAACAUUCGUCAUUUGAAAGCUCAGAGGGCAUAAGCAAUAUUGUGCUUUUCCUGAAUUUGAUAUGAGAGAAGGUUGAAAAACCCCUACUUCAAACAAUUACAUCACAGACUUCAUAGACAUCAUAGAACACGCAUAAAUCGAAGUGGUGUCAGGAAGUCAAACAAAGGAACGGGACUGUGCACAGAAGGAGCUCUGUCGACUUUUCAGAUAUCCUGCUGAAAUAUUUGGCUUUGAGGAUGUUGCACAACAUCACCAACCAAACAGAGGACAGCUUCUCGUGCCACAGCGCUUCAGUGGAAGGGUACCGCUACUUUGCCGUGCUGUGGGGAUGCACAGUCACCAUCACGGGCACGCUUGGGAACCUGCUGACCAUCUUAGCCUUUGCCUUCGACUCCCAACUGCGUACCCGCUUCAACGUGCUCAUCGUCAACCUGGCUCUGGCCGAUCUUCUCUACUGCACCAUACUGCAGCCCAUCUCGGUUGACUCCUACCUGCACCUCAGAUGGCGCAGCGGCGAGCUCUGGUGCCGGACCUUCGGCCUGCUUCUCUUCUUGUCCAACUCUGUCUCCAUUAUCACCCUCUGUCUGGUGGCGAUGAGUCGAUACCUCCUGGUUGCAAAGAGGGCCUUGUUUGAACGUGUUUUUUCCAACCGGGGGCUCGUUUCCCUCCUGCUGUCGACAUGGGCGCUGGGCCUGGCCAGCUUCAGCCCGCUCUGGUCCGUUUUUGUGUUUGUGCCUCAGGUAUGCACUUGCAGCUUCCAUCGAAUCAGGGGUCGCCCUUACACCACCAUCUUGCUCUUUUUCUACUUCUUUGUGGGACUGAGCUGCGUCGGCACGUUCUACCUCCUCAUUUACCGUCGCGUCCGUGUUGCGUCAAAGGCCCUGCUUCGCCACAGGUUCAGCCGGCGAUCUUCCAAGAAAAAGCCAGCACCGGCCAAUGAUGACAGUGGUGUGGAGAGCGGGAUGGCCACCGGGAGUACCGAUCUGACCCAUCACAGCAAAUCUGAUGUCACUGAUGACAUUGCGUCCCAAAUAACACUGAAUGAGCCAGCAAAACAAAUUGGAGAGAGCAAGCCAAAAACUGAAAGUGUCAAUAAGCCAGAAUCAAAGCCAGCUGCAGCAUCCCACACAACAACCUCAGGAGAGGAUACAGAAUUCAAGCGUGUGACACGCAUGUGUUUUGCGGUUUUCCUGUGUUUCGUCUGUUGCUUCGUCCCUUUCCUAAUCCUCAACAUUGUGGAUAAGCAAGGCCGUGCCCCGCAAGUGCUGCACAUGUUCUGCGCAAAUCUCACCUGGCUCAACAGCUGCAUCAACCCACUGCUCUACGUGGUCAUGAACAGACAAUUUCGAAAAGCCUAUCAACUGCUCCUCACCAGGGCCGUGACACCUUUGACAUAUUUCUGGGUUAAGAGCGCCUGAAUUUCCAAACGUGAAAAAAAAUUCCGAUUAUACUGUACCAAAGUUUGAUCUUACUUUAAAAUUCAUAUUUCCGUCGUUACAUCAUGAGUCACGUUAGGAAUGAAACCUCACCGUUUUGUAGAAUCAGAAAGAAUUUCCUGUUUGGUGCAAGACGAUACAUUCCGCUCGGUAAAUUGAGGAACUUGUGAUUUACAAACUUUCCAAGCAGGGUGACGAUUGCGUACCAAGGCAAACAUUGAAAGUUGUUUUUAAAUACAUCAAUGAAAGUUGAGGUGAUUUUAUUUCACCCUAAAUUUAAGCUGUAGUCCAAGCUUUAUUUUGACGUCACAUUGUACUUGUACAUUGAACAAAAGUUUGUAUUUGAUUCUUAUUGUGAUUUCAAUCAGAUGUCCAGUGUUAGCGGUAACCUCAAAAUGUACCGUUUAUUUCUUGUGUGUCUGUUCUUUUUUGUUUUGUUUUUUGUAGCACAAGGCGCAAACAACAUUUGUCAACAAAGGUUAAUGAGUUAUUAUAUUCAUAAUGAUCACAAUGACAGGUUAUUUAUAAAGGAGUAGAAAAGUGAAAUUGAAGCAAUGUUUGAACAAUUUGGCAGGGUAACUGAACUUUUCAUAGACCGCAAGGCAGUUCAUCGACAAAGAUGUCAGAAUCGAAAAAGUGAUUGGAGAUGCUGGGAUACUGCAGAUCCUCUUCUGAGAUUAAAAUAGGGUCAUACAGCAAGGGGUCCUCCUGACAAUUAGCCAAAUGAGGAUCCGGAGAAUCCUUCAGUUGCCCUGAAAGCAAAUGAAGAGAAAUGAACUAAAGAAAGGCAAAGUUACUCUGAUGAGUAUUUCCUUGUUCUACGUUUCAGUUUGGAAAACGUGGGUGAGUACAUCACGACCACUUGGGGGAUGAGUGUAGUUAAGCGCUCACUCACCAGCAUCCUCUUCAUGUAAACCACUCAAUGGCUGCGGGACUUCACCAUCUGUCACAGCCGCCAAUGUGUCCCUACACAAUUGUAAUGACUUAUUAGUGAAUUGUCUUAACAAAAAGCUUCUACCAAAAAGAUGUGUCAGCUUAACCUUAACGCAGAAGCUACUUUUCCCAAACCAUGCGGUGACAUUUGUGUCAAGCAACAUCUCAAGUAUGUGUACUGUAAUGUAUGUGGUGCAAUGCUGCCCCCUUUUGGUUUAGAUCGGUUAGUUCAAGUGAAAACGUGUAAAUUCCGUCAAUAGAGGAUUAAACUUACCCUUUUAAAACAAA